AGAGAGAGAAAGAGAGACCGCCAGAAGUCCAGAAAGAGACAAAACACUUUCGCACAGUCAUGUCCACACUCUCGCUCCCAAGUAUAUUCCUGUACGCGUCCGCGCACUUGCAACUAACGUCCGCCCCUCUCGUCCCACGAUCCCUUUCCACCCCCAGGGGGGUACUCUCCACCGCCCCCCCCACCUGAAUCUCUUCCCCCUUUUGCGCAUUGCUCCUCUCAUAACGCGGCACGUUGGCCGCAGGUUGGACGCUCGCCGAUUCAGCGGGAUGAUCACAAGUGGAGAAUAGAGAGAGAGAGAGAGAGAGAGAGAAAGAGCAAGAGAGUGGAAAUCGCUAGGUGGGGAGGAGGGAUGAGUGAGAGACUCGAGUGAACGAGCGGGGGCGGCAAAAGCGGAGAAUUUUCAGGCAGUACCUAUCAAGCUCGUGUGACGGUGACUCUAUAUCGACAAAACUAAUUCUCUUUCUCAUUUUCUUUACCUUCUCUCUCUCUCUCACACACUCAUUCUCUCUUACUCUGUUUAUAAAUAUAAUCAAAAAACAAGAGUCAAAGAAUUUUUCUCGACUUGUUAACUUUACGUAAUAUGACAAUGUCAUCCUUGUUAUUAUACCGGCAAGACGCCGUCGCACAUUACGCGCCGGCUCAUAAUCAAACAUUCGAGUGCAUCGACCCCAAAGUUUCAAUAUAAUUCCCCCCUUCCCCCCCGAGUAGUCAAAUUUCGGAUUCUAAGACCUAGACCCAUUGUGAUUAUUUCCCGCUCGCAAUAUGUAGUUGUGUCCCCCCUUUAACAAAAAAAAAAUGUGAAAUAGUGAAUUAAACUAGUGAUUUUUGCAAAAGUACUUCUGGUUUGUUCCAGAAAUGAUUCGGGGGAACCAGAAGAAAAAUUCGGAAAGAAGCAAAAAAAAAAGUGAUGGUGAUUUUUGGUGAUUUUUAAUGGAGCAAUGAGUGCAGUGUCUAGUAGGGGUUUUGUGCCCCAUCGGCAUAGGCAUCGUGGUUUAAAAAAUUAUCAAUUGACAACAACAACAACGACGUCGUCAUCUUCAUCAACGACAACAUGUGACGAUGAACCGGAACAAAAAAGACCAAAGGUUAAUCCAAUUUUUCUGUGGGCGUCGCAGCAUGAUCAGAAAAUAGUGGAGGUACGUUGUGAGGAUUACGAUAAACGUAAUCGUAUUAAAUUGACGAAAACACCCCAGGGAUGGCGAUCAAUUCCCAGAACUGCGAGCAAUACAUACGCUGGUAGGAGUUGUUUUGAUACUAAGGAUUCGUCAUCGGAGAAGGAGAAUGGCGAUAAGGAUGAUCAAUUGAGAUUAGCUAAUGGUGAUUUAGAGGAAUUUGGAAUUAAGGACAGACUAAGUGAUAACUGGAUUAUCGACAAUGAGAAGAGGGAGAAAUUGGUUCGAUUGCAUUCCGAGAAGAUUCGAAUACAUCCGGAGGUGAUACGAAUACGUCCGAAGGAGAUGCGAAUACAUUCGGAGGAGAUACUUGCGGAGGAGAAGAUCCGAAUGCUGCAGGAGAAGAUUCAGCUCCAGCAGAAGGAAGAGAGAAUACAGCAUGAGGAGGAGGUUCGAAAGCGGCAAGAGCAGGUGCGAAUGCUCCAGGAAAAAGUUCGAAUACAGCAAGAGGAGAUGGAGAAGUUGGAGAAUUUGCGAAAGUUAGAGGAGAUUAUGUUUAAUGGAAAAGCGGAGGGUCAAGUGGAAUUGAAGAAUAGGAAUGCGAUCCGUAAGAGGAGUGAGAUUAGGAGAAAUGAUGAACUGAGGAAAAAGGAAAAACAAAUCGCCGAGGAGGAGCAGAGGAGAAAGAGGCAGGAGAUCCAGAAGAAGAUGCAGAGGAGGAAACUCGAGGAGCUAGAAAAGAAAUUGGAAUUGCAGAAAAAAGUUAGACAUCGUAAGCGAAAGAAGGAACACGUAGUUCUUGGUUACUCCACAACAGAUGGUAUUAAUGCCUGGAAGAUGCGGAAACGACGGAAUCCGAAGCAGAAGCGGAAAAGACGGAGUGUUAGCGGUGUUUGUACCACUAAUACCAUCAAUAGCAUCAGUACCCUCAAUGGCAUUAAUAUGGUCAAUGAUGUCAAUACCGAUAAUGCUGUUAAUACCGCUAAUAAGGUCCAUACCGUCAAUACCGACAGUGACGUCCAUACCAUCAAUUCUGACAGUAAAGUCCACAGCAUCAAUGUGGCCGAUAAGGUCCAGAUCAUCAAUACCGUCAAUGAUGUCAAUACCACCAAUAAUGACGAUACCGUCAAUACCACUAAUAACUUCUAUAGCAUCAAUAAGGUCAAAACCACCAGUAGAAGUGCCACCACUGAUAGAAAUUCCAGUAAUAAUGGAAGUACGAUUAGUAACAGAAUUAGCAUCCUCAAUAGGAGUACCACCAGUAAUAGAAAUACGAUCAGUAGCACCAAUAACAGAAGUACCAUCAGUAGCAAUCGGGGUAUUAACACCAUCAGCGAGGAGGUUGGCACCAAGAAGCCAAAGACCCAAAAGGGUGACAAUGCCCCAAAGCGGAUUGAUUUCGACCACCUGAUGCAGCCCCGAGUUGUGCUGGAACAGCUCCAAUUGACCGAAAUGGAAGACGGGCAGCACUACAAAAAUACGUCGAAAAACCUCCAGGAGGAUAGUUACAUCCCCUCUGAUGACGAUCUACAAGAUAGUGAAAGUGUCGAUCGUGAUAGCGUAGAGCGCGAAAUCGUUGAUAAUGAAUUCGAAGAUGGUGAAAUCUUAAAUCGUCAAAUCGAAGAUCGACAAAGUCUGCAAAAGUCGCCAAAUCCAGACAUUAUGGAGAUGGCUCUAGAAAAGGUAGACUACGAAGAGGACCAAGUGCAGCAGGAGAUUACGAACCUAGAAGACCAGGAGACCCUUCAUGAAAGGGAAAAAGCGGAUCAUAACGAAGAAUCCCAAACGGACAUGGAUCAUUCCAGUGAUGACGAUUUUCAGGACAUAUUGAAAAUGCUCGACUCCACAUCGUUUGGUAACUCAAAACUGGUGCUGAGUCUAAAAUCCGCGAAACUACUCGAGGAACUUGAAUUAUCCCUCACUGGUAUUGAAGACGACGUCGAAAAAAGCGACGAACAAGUCGAAGAACCCCAAAACUAUUCUCCUAGUCCGCUGCAAAAAACCCCAUUAGCCGAGUACCCCAACAAGUGCCUAAAGGAUGUCGAAAUUGUCGAAGUAAUCGAAAGCAACAGCAAUCCAAAACCAACCGAAACGGACAGUUCCCGAAUUCUAAAAGCUCUGCGAAAUACUCCUGGACUGUCCGUAUCGGUCACCAAGAAAAACCGAUCUCCCGACUCCCAAAUGCAGGAAAUAGCAAUAGCAAUUCCAAAUUGGAGAUUGGGAACAAAAUCCGAAAGAGGUUUUAGCGAAAGUCCAGAGAGUACGGUUAGAAUCGACUCUGAUGAGAGGGAACGAACUGAUCCAAAGAAAGCGGAAGUCCCAAAGAAAUCCCUCCUGCAAGUCGUGUCAUCAAACGAGGCACAAGCGAAACAGGUUUCAAGAUUUGAAAUCGAAGAUCCAAAGACCCGAAGUGUUGUGUCGCCGCAACCAAGCGGAAUUCCCUGCUCGCCAAUACUGCCAAGAUCCUCCUCCGCCUAUUUGGAACGUCUACUUCCAAGUCCUCCGUGCUCGGUGUCCUGCUCCGAAGACGCGAAAAACGAUCUCACCCUAAAGGGGAUACUCUCAACCCCAUGUCUGGAGCCAGAAACAACCCAAAAACCAAAUCAUCAAGAUGAGGAACGUCCAAACAUGUGGAAAACCCCCGAAGUUCACCCAACAUAUCAGAAUCGUCUGACCAAUUCCCAAAACGACUUUCUCCUCGCCCAACAAAGACACUACCUUCGCUAUCAACACUUUCGCAACACAAAUCAACAAUGGGAGACAUUUGUCGACGCGACAUCGACAAUUUCCGACAUUCCCCAAAGUCCCGCCACGCAACUUCGUCAAUUGCUAAAAACAGUGGGUCAUUUAAUUCCCGAUCCACUCCUUGUUCCUAGACACUGUCUCCCCGGUCUAGCAGCGGCGCCAUCAAUAGAAAUACCCAAGUUAUUAACCUCCCGUCCUGAAUUACGACUACCCGAGGCACUCAACAGGCCGGAAUUGUUAAGAGAUCCGGAUUUAUUGGUGAUAUCGAUAGCGCAUCUUCAGUAUGUUCUGGAUCAGGGACAUGAUUCGUUUGGUGGUAGUGGUGGUGGUGGUAUUGGUAGAAUGGGACAACAGGAUUAUGGUGGUGCUACAAUGGAUUGUGUGAAUACAAUGGCAAAGAAGACAACGAAUAGUGGUAAUAUUAGAGUGAGACCAAAAUUAAGUUGUAAACCAAUUGGUACAUUGAUGCCGGCGCCAAUUGAUUUAUCGAGGAGUCGAAAGAAUGGUUCAUCAUAUUCGUCUUUACUUCGAGUGCGUACGGGUUUAUUGAAACAGGAGCCUGAAGUCAGUUCCACUGGGAGUAAUCUUGAGGAGCAUCAAUUGUGGCAUCCGUUAUUUAGUCGACAAAGAAGACCGCAACAACAAAAGCAACAAAAUUAUCAAGCAACAUGGCAUACGACAACAUUUGCCUCUUGACCGUUGCGAUUUUGACCCGGAUCUUUUGACUCCAACCUUUCAUGUAACUUCAAUAAUAAUCUAAGUAGUAUUCCAAACGACCAACAACAAAUCACCUUUAAAUCAACAUCAUUAAGAAGAUAACCUUACGAUUUUCAUUGAAAUUUUUAACAAAUUUUUCUGUUUUUAAGCAAUUUUUCCUUUUUUUUUGGCUUUAUGUUCU